ACACUAUAUAAUAUCCAUAUGACACGUUCAGCAGCACUUUCCGCGUAUAGAACGGCUCUCCGUGCUACCAGAGUGGCAUUCAAGAACGAUGCCGAAGUCCUUUUGGCUUCCAGAGCUAAAAUAAAGCAAGGAUUCUUUGAAGAUCUUGAACAAGGCUCACAAACUGUACAAGAAAAGAUUGAUAAUCUUAACAGUGUAUCCAAAUUUUUAGUACAGAAUAUCGUUCAAGGAGAAAAGAAAGAAGAUGGACAAUAUUUCUUGAACAUUCACGAUAAGACUGAAUUGGGUGAUAAUGAAACUAUCAAGCAAAAGAAGGCAGACAUGGGGUCUUUGGCUGGUGCGAAGGCAACCAAGAGAUGUAGCGAUAAAUAGUUAGUUAUUCAAACUUUGUAAAUAGUAUUAAAAAAAAUGAAAUAAUGAUAGA